AUGCCACUUACACCGGGUUUGCAGGAGCGGGAGCACUCCACGAGUCCGCCACGAAGAUGUUUCUCUCUUUUCGGGGGCACGUUGGCGGCGGGUGGUCCAUCUUCGUGGCAGGAGUCGCAGCAGAGGUCGUGUGGUGCUGGUUAUAAUUCGUCGUGGCUGCACCAUGAUGUUGAAACCGGUCCGCUUCCCCCGCGGUCGGAAGAUAUUUUGUUGCAACAAGCUCCUUACGUGAGGGAACGCGACCGCGAACACGAUGACAUGUUCAGUGCUCGUCCGUCCGUGAUGCCGUCUAGGAUUGGCGACGAAAGGCCCCAAGACGAGGCGUCGCGUUUUGAAGGUUACGGACCGGGCUAUCCAUCUUCGCAGGUGCAUGUUUCUGAACCUUCGGCUAGUAGAGAAGCUGCGGGUCCGCCUGGCCUGCAGCUUCACCCGGACGACAGCUUCACCGCGGGGAAUGAUCAACAACAGCCGAUGCCAGCUGGAUGGGCACCAAGUAGCGCCAUGGCGCCUGCUCCGCAGCCGCAGCAACAAGCACGGAAGCCGCGGGGGCGACGGCGGGUGGUGUAUCAACAAGAAGAACAACCGACGGCGCCGGCUGCAGAGGCGCAAAGGCUCGCGGCUUCGUCUGCGCAGCCGCAGCAAGAGCCACCAAAGCAAAGAACAAAGCUUGUCAAGAAUAUUCCUCUAACAGCCGCUCCGGAGUUGCACCAGGCUUUCAAGGACGAAGAAGCUGCUUCAAGGUAUAAUCCAUCUUCAUCUUGUAUUUAUUUUCGCGUUUUGGUGUUUCCUUUCGGUCCUCUUGUGAGCGUUUUUGUGAGUUUUUUUCUCUUUCGCUAAAUAAUAGUACUUGUCACAGAGGAAAGAAUGGAAACGAGUACGAACUUGAAUUUCACACUUCAGACUUUCCAUGCCGACCUGGACCUUAAGAGGGUUAGCGAAGUCGGAUCCUCUCCACCACACUCUGCCGGCGAGUGGCUGGGACAUUACGCAUGAUGCUCUGGGGACCGAACCCUAUGCCGCGUUGAUGGAACGAACCGUGCGCAAGAAUGCUGAAGAGCCGC